AUGCACUUCAAAUCUCCCUUUCUAACCAUCCUCUUCUCCCUCUUCGCCUUCCUCACCCUCGCCAACGCAGUUGACCUGUACCAAUACACCCGCCAUAGCUGCGGCGGCCGUCGCUCUGUCUGUCGCCGUAUCAACCAACGAGUCUGCUGCCAGUCCCGAAACCGCGUUUUUGCCUCUGGCAGCUCCACCGCUCGCACAGACACUGAUUUGCACAUCACCUGGAAUAGAAACGGAGGGCAAUACUGCGGAAGAGUCGCAGCCUCUGCCAACCGAGGCCGGUGUAUUUCGGGCGGUUCAAAUCUCCGCGGCCACUCCUGGUGCCGGCUCUGUCGCACCCUUGCGAGCGAGACGGAGGUUAAUACAGCUGCCUGUACCUCUAGUGUGGAGCCGGAUGCCCUUGAGAUUGGAAGCAAGUGGUUUGCUAUUAAUAACACGGUCUCUGAAGAUGAGAAGAAUGCCCUGUGGGCGCUGUGGCAGGGAGAGGUAGUUGAUGAGAACGUUCCACAGAGUCUACUGCGAUAUGUGACCGAGUGGGUGGCGAAUGAAGAGGUUGAUGAUGUGCAGGUGGCUGAGGGUAAUGCGGAUGAUAAGCCAGGACAGCCGAGUGAUGAUCUGCCGGGCGAGGUGCCGGAAAAUAGCGAGGAGGGCACAGCGUAG